AUGAGUUUCACUGAUAUCAAAACUGAAGCUUGGAGUUAUUUCCAGAGCGCCACGUCUGUCCUCAUCGAGCUACUUUUCACUCCUACCGGCCUGCUUGCUGUACGCGCAUUGGUUGCAAUGACUUUUUUCUCUGAAGGGCUCGGCAAUCCCGCCCUUGAGUACAUGUUCUGUACCAGUGCAGCGCGUGUGGCUCAAGCGAAAGGACUACAUCGAAGACCAGCCAAAGCUUGGAAUCUAGCUGCUCAUGAUGAACUACACUAUAGUUGGUUGGUUUGGGCGAUAUACUGCUGCGAGAAACAUAUCGCUCAUCGCUCUGGACGACCGUCUGCCAUAGACGACGACGAGAUUAGCUGUCAAAUCCCCUCUGAAUCCUGCCCAGGAAGCACUCUUGACGUGGAAGCAUUCAUGUAUCUUAUUCAACAUUCGCAAAUAUCCUCUCAGGUUUCUAAGCGACUUAUGUCUGUGAAGGCCUUUCAACAGCCACCAAACACCCUGCUGGAAACUGUAGCUCAGCUGGAUCAUCAGCUGCGCGAAUGGAGAGAUUCUCUUCCGGCAAAAUUGAGACCUGAUGACCGCCUAAGGUCUCUUCAGGUCCCCGGUGACGCCAGGUAUUUCCCCACAAUCCUUAUGCAUUACGCUUAUUACGGAAGCUUGAUGGCAAUCCAUACCAUCUUUGCCUACCCGUGGGUAUACAGCACCAUUUUUGGGAAUGACAGGGGUAUUGUGACGCAAGAUCAAGUGAUUUUCAGCUCGAACACGGUUGCCGAAGCUGCGAGGAACAUUAUCAUCAUUGCAAGAGGUCUGGAGAUCAAUGGUGCAUCAAAUCCAAUGGUGCCGACAUUCUACUACCAAAUGAUUAGACUUAUCAAUCUUUUCAUACACAUUCUCAAAUUCCCGUCUCUGCCCUCUGCUCGAUCGGACGUCGCCUUGCUCGACGUAGCAGCUGGAUACUUUGGACACAUAGAAUUCAUCACGGCUGAGGAGCUCAGCUUCCCUUUUGCUCGAGACGUGGCCUCGGUCGCACGACAAACGGUCAACAAGGCUUCAAAAACCGACGUGCCCGCGAUCACGAGCGCGGAGGACGGCUUCAGUCUUGCAACUGACGCGGACAUCCCAUUUUCGCAUAUUUUCAGCGCCAGCCAAGACUUCAACCUCGAUGAUUGGAGCGUUUUCUCUGUAUUUUCCGGCGAUGCGCUGAUGAAUCGGGAGAUCGGUUUCUGA